UGGUUCCCAAAGGUCAUUUUACAUUGUUCCUUUGUGGUUCUUGCUCUGGUGUGGAGCGGGCGAGUGACGGUGCCUUGGAGUCAGGAGCAGAUCCCAAUUCCAGUGAGAAAGGAGAGUGAAAACACGCAAGCAGAUUUUUCUUUGAAAUUUUUUUUGAAAAGGAGCAGAGAGAAAGAAGAACACAAUGGCUUUGAAUACAUUUUACAAGGUGGUGAUCGGUGUUGCUGUUGCAGUUGUUGUGAUAUUGGCGAUUGCUCUUCCUAUAGCUCUUCUCUGUUGUGGAGAUGCUGGCAGACAGACUCUAGGUCUUAAAGCUAUACCAGGAGAGAAUAUAUUAAUAAAGGAGGGAGAUCUUGACUCAGUGAAGCCAUACGUGGAGAAGAUGACCGAGUUAUUGAAACCCUAUAUGGAAAUGCCCAACAAGAAAGAGGUUAUUAACUGCAACAGCACUGUUCGGCCACAAGGAGACCAGGUGUGCAACUAUCCAGUGUCAUCCCUGUCUAUCUGUGGAAGUUCAACUAAUUUUGGCUUCAAUGGGAGUACACCCUGUGUUCUUUUGACACUUACUAUGGAUGAAUCAUUCAGGCCAACUCCAUAUGAAAGCUUAAACGAAGUGCCGAAGGACGUUCCCAGAGACCUACGAAGUGAUAUGGAGGAGAGCUUAGAAAACGGGAAGCUAAGGAAGGGAAUAUGGGUCGAUUGUAACAAUGAAUAUCUCUACACUCCCCAGCCUCUCUUUCCUGACUAUUACUAUGAUAAUGUUGACGCUGUAGGAUAUCUACCUCCAAUUGUAGCUGCCAUGUUUAAGCUGACAAACAAAAAAAAUGAAGACGUCAAAGUUGAAUGCAGGUUGUGGGCAAAAGAUAUUGAUAGUGCAGAUGAACGUUCAAAAGUUAGCUUUACUUUACGCUUGAAUGGAGAAUGAAAUGUAAUUGGAACUGAUAGCCAAGGGAAACCAGUGGUAGUACUUGGCAAGAAAUCAAGAAUGCAUUGACAUACUGA